ACCGCAAGAGAGGUGGCAGUCGGCACUGACGUUAGUUCUCUAGCUAGCUGGUCAUUCGUGCAUGUGUUGAGUUGUUAAGUUAUAUUCCCGUUAACUAGCUAGUUAACGUGUUAGGACAUUUUUAAAAAGCUACCUAGGUUAGCUUGUUAUUUCACCCACGAGUAAUCUAAUUAUAAUAUAAUAGCACACAGAAAUACGAGCCUUUGGGUCAUUAAUAGAGGUUAGUCGGGAUUGAAGCUUUCACCUGCAGUAACAAGGCAAGGGAACUUUUAAAUUCCUCCGAAGGCCAUGAAAACCCAAACCUUUUGCAGAAUGCCCAAAUCAAGGGAAGUGGUGUCAUCCACAUCUGGCAGUGACUCUGACAGUGAGGUGGAGAAGACCAAGGCCAAGAGAAAGAAGGCCAGUGCUCCGCCAGAGAAGCCCGAGGCCAAGAAACCGAAGCUGAGUGGAGAGGGCUCUCGACCUGGCGCAGGAGGGUCCUCUAAGGCUGCAGACAGCAAAACGGAGGAUGGCAUGUUCCAGAUUGGGAGAAUGCGAUUCGUCAGUGUGAGGGACUUUAAAGGGAAGUGUUUAGUUGACAUCAGAGAGUACUGGAUGAACCAGGACGGGGAAAUGAAGCCCGGCAAAAAAGGCAUCUCCUUAAACCCGGAGCAGUGGACCCAGCUGAAGGACCAGAUGUCUGAGAUUGACGACGCGAUCAAGAGAACAUGAUGACCGUUCCCAGGGUGCUGACAGUCCAGCUUGACUAUCUAGUGAUCUUCAUGUCACCACUGACGUUUCGGAUGAGUCCCACAUGGCACCCUAUUCCCUAUAUAAUGCACUACUUUAGACCACGGCCCUAUGGAGCACUAUUCCCUAUAUAGUGCACUACUUUAGACCAAGGCCCUAUGGAACCCUAUUCCCUAUAUAGUGCACUACUUUAGACCAAGGCCCUAUGGAACCCUAUUCCCUAUAGGGCCUUGGUCUAAAGUAGUGCACCCUAUUCCCUAUAGGGCCUUGGUCGAAAGUAGUGCACCCUAUUCCCUAUAGGGCCUUGGUCUAAAGUAGUGCACUAGAUAGGGAAUACGGUGCCAUUUGGAUUUUCCCAAAACCUGUGUAAGGACUGAAUUAUUUUAUUAAUUCUAAGUUUGCUGUUCUGUUGAAUUAGUUAUUUUGCAUGUGAUGUUUUAGUUUGUUCAGUGCAAGAAUUGCUUUGUGUUUUGACCUGUGAAGAUAAUGUGUGUUUGAUUGGUUGAUAUUAGGUUGGUUAUAUGACUUCCUUUUUUCUCUCUUCCUACCUUUUAUUUAACUACGCAAGUCAUUGUUUUCAAUGGGUUAACUGGUCUAGGAACAGUGGGUUAACUGGUCUAGUGGGUUAACUGGUCUAGGAACAGUGGGUUAACUGGUCUAGGAACAGUGGGUUAACUGGUCUAGGAACAGUGGGUUAACUGGUCUAGGAACAGUGGGUUAACUGGUCUAGUGGGUUAACUGGUCUAGGAACAGUGGGUUAACUGGUCUAGGAACAGUGGGUUAACUGGUCUAGGAACAGUGGGUUAACUGGUCUAGUGGGUUAACUGGUCUAGUGGGUUAACUGGUCUAGUGGGUUAACUGAUCUAGGAACAGUGGGUUAACUGGUCUAGUGGGUUAACUGGUCUAGGAACAGUGGGUUAACUGGUCUAGUGGGUUAACUGGUCUAGGAACAGUGGGUUAACUGGUCUAGUGGGUUAACUGGUCUAGGAACAGUGGGUUAACUGGUCUAGUGGGUUAACUGGUCUAGGAACAGUGGGUUAACUGGUCUAGUGGGUUAACUGGUCUAGGAACAGUGGGUUAACUGGUCUAGUGGGUUAACUGGUCUAGGAACAGUGGGUUAACUGGUCUAGUGGGUUAACUGGUCUAGGAACAGUGGGUUAACUGGUCUAGUGGGUUAACUGGUCUAGGAACAGUGGGUUAACUGGUCUAGUGGGUUAACUGGUCUAGGAACAGUGGGUUAACUGGUCUAGUGGGUUAACUGGUCUAGGAACAGUGGGUUAACUGGUCUAGUGGGUUAACUGGUCUAGGAACAGUGGGUUAACUGGUCUAGUGGGUUAACUGGUCUAGGAACAGUGGGUUAACUGGUCUAGUGGGUUAACUGGUCUAGGAACAGUGGGUUAACUGGUCUAGUGGGUUAACUGGUCUCGGAACAGUGGGUUAACUGGUCUCGGAACAGUGGGUUAACUGGUCUAGGAACAGUGGGUUAACUGGUCUAGGAACAGUGGGUUAACUGGUCUAGGAACAGUGGGUUAACUGGUCUAGGAACAGUGGGUUAACUGGUCUAGUGGGUUAACUGGUCU